AUGUUCGGCUUCAUGUCAGUUACGGCACUUUUAAGUAUGUUCAUCUCGAAUACGGCCACCACAGCAAUGAUGGUGCCAAUAGCGCAGUCUGUAUCCGAACAACUUUUGAAGUCGUAUCGCGCCAGACGGAGCAGAAGGUCUACGAUGGAGAAACGCGCCGAUACUGAGGACAUAACAGCCACGAGGAUCGAAAUUCCUGAUCAUUUGCCAUCGACGAAAGAAGAAUCGGAUAUGGCCAAAGGACUUGUGAUAUGCAUUUGUUUUGCGGCAAAUAUCGGUGGAACAGCCACUAUCACGGGAACACCGCCGAAUCUUGUGAUGGUUGGACAAAUUGCAACAUUGUUUCCAAACACAGAUACAGAUCUGAACUAUUUGACGUGGAUCGCUUUUGCGUUUCCACUGAUGAGUAUCUGCUUGCUAGUUUGCUAUAUAAUAUUACUAUUCAUCUUUUUACGGCACUCGUAUCCGGCUGAUGAAGAGGCUGCGAAUGUGAUGAAACGUCGAUAUAAUCGACUGCCACCAAUGAGUUUCGCUGAGAAGAGUGUUUUGGUGUGUUUUGCGCUGCUGAUAUUGUUAUGGAUGGGUCGCGAACCUGAGGUGAUACCAGGCUUUGGUGACCUCUUCCCGAAAGGGUAUUAUACGGAUGCAACAAGUGCAAUAUUGGUUACAGUGUUGCUGUUUGCGUUGCCAGAUGAAUGGCCAGAUUUGUCGUUUUGCGAUAAACGAGAUCCUUUUUCCACACCGAAACGUCGUGGAACACUGAUGGAUUGGCGAACCAUCCAAACUCAGUUUCCAUGGAGUGUUGUUCUGCUACUCGGCGGUGGUUUCGCUCUAGCAGCUGGAGUGAAAGAAUCUGGUCUAUCGGCAGUUAUCGGUGAUUUGCUCGUCCAUUUGAGCCAACUACCAACGCCUUUGCUACAAGCCAUUUUUAUAGUGGCCACGAUGAUCGUGACCAAUAUAUGCAGUAACACUGUAACGGCGAGCAUAUUUUUGCCGAUUGUCUCAACCCUCGUCAGUUCAUUUCAAUCUCGUUUUGAUAACAUUCCGCAAUUUUUUAAACCGAGAAACUGUGAAAUAAUGAAUCGACUUUCUGGUUGUGCUCAUUUAUAA